AUGGCUGGAUGGAAAGAGGUUGGCGAGCGUCGGAAUUUGCCGGCGCAGACGACCACACGCGUCGAGGGUGUUACGCGGCUCAGCGCGCCGCUGCACAUUGCUUCCGUCCGUCUUGCCACCUAUCACACGAAAACCAAGUCAGUUGUGCCCCGCUAA